GGCCAGACGUGAUUGGGCCCUGCGGCGGCGUGGAAGGGAACCACACGGCAGGCGCUAGCGAGCAAACUACUGUCCGCGCUUUUGACCAGGCCACUAUCACGUUCACUGUAACAUCAAUUCGUACUCUGCAACUACGUGCAACCAUGUCCGACGAACGACGACCGCGAUCGCGCUUCGACAGCGACGAGCCUGAACGCCCCGCACGCUCGCGUUUCGAUACAGACCGUCGCUCGAGAUCGCCCUCGCGGAGAGAAUCGGAGUCGCUUCGUGAACGCAGCCCAGUGGCUCGUGAGGCAACAAACAGCCCAUCGAACGCAGGCACCAAGAACAAGGCAGCAGCGGCGGCGGCAGCUGCGGCUGCGAGGAUCAAUGCGCAGAUCCAAGCGAAGAAGGGCAUCCAGCAUGUCGAUGUGCCGCCUAUUCGUGCUGCGCUUACUCCCCCAGUCGUCAAGUCGCCGUCUGUCAACUCUGGCCCGCCUGUCACCAGCGAGAUAUACCAACAAGAUGGUGACUUCAUCAAAGAUAUUGAAAUCAACGAUCUUAGGAAUCGCUAUACUCUGACUAAAGGAGCUGUACAAAAAAGGAUCAAAGACGAUACUGGCGCCGAUGUCACUACUCGAGGAGAAUACUAUCCAGACAAGAGCAUGGCCACCGCUGCUAACCCACCUCUAUAUCUCCGUGUUACUAGCACAUCGAAGGAAGGACUCGACCAAGCUGUCAAGAUGAUCGAAGAGAUGCUGACACAGGAAUUGCCCAACUUGGUAGAUGAGCGCCGUUUCCGUCGCCGCGAACCGGAGAAUUUUGAGCGUGACGAGUUUGGACGCCGCAAAUGGCCUGAGGAAAAGCUUUUUGUUGGUCUCGAACCUAUCAGUGGCUUCAACCUGCGCGCACAGGUUGUGGGCCGCGGUGGUGAUAACGUCAAGUAUAUUCAACAAGAGACUAGCUGCAAAGUUCAGAUCAAGGGUCGCGGAUCUGGCUUCAUGGAGCCUCAGUCUGGGCAAGAGAGCGAAGAGCCCAUGUUCCUUCACAUUGCUGGACCCCGACCAGAAGGUGUAGCCAAAGCCAAGGAACUCUGCACCGAGCUGCUUGAGAAGGUGAAGGCCGAUUACCAGGCGUUUAAGGAACGUCCACCGCCAAACCGCUACGGUGACCGGGAUGGCUACGGCGGCGGACGCGGCUAUGGUGAUCGUGGCGAUCGUGGCGAACGCGGUGACCGCGGUGACCGUGGUGGUGAUCGCGACCGAAGCCAGAGCUACGGCUAUGGAGGUGCAGGUGGUUAUGGUGGUGGUUACGGCGCACAGAAUGGUGCCCCUGACGCUCCAGCUACUCCUGCUGGUGUUGCUGACCCCAACGCUCAAGCUGCUGAUUACAACGCCCAGUACGCCCAGUGGGCCGCAUACUAUGCGCAAAAUCCGUCUGAGGACCCAUACGCUGCAUAUGGCGGCUUUGCAGCAGUCAUGGCUCAGUACUCGCAAGGCUAUGGACAGUACUAUGGUCAAGCUUACACAGCCGGACAGACACAGUCUCCUGCCACCGGAGCUGCAGCGCCUCCACCUCCGCCUGCAGAGCCUACAGGCUAUGGAGCCCCUCCGCCACCCCCUCCGCCACCUGCCGGUUCGCCCGGAGCUGGCUAUGGUGCAGUCCCUCCUCCACCAGGCUUGUAAGUGUCUUGCAGCUACAAGUAUCUCACCAGAAUGUAUACAGCACAGAAACCUCGACCUGCAGUCCGACAGUAUGCAUAGUGCGACUCAUGUAUUCUUCUGCUUUUACUG